AUGGCCAAGGUCUCCGGACAAAGCGCCUCCUUAGGACCCAGCCGCCCAGCGCCACCCUUUGGUUUGGGCGUCACGUGCCGCGUGCUGGGCUUCUGGGGCUCUUCAGGGGAGGAGAUCCGAGAAGAGCUGCGCUGGGACGGGACGCAGUACCUCUGCAGCUUGGAGGUGCCACCAGGAGAGGAUGCCAUGUUCCAGAUCGACGUGGAAGGAGUUGGCCGGAUGUAUCCCAGCCUGGAAGGGGCCAAUCCCGGGCUUCGUCAUGAGUUGUUGGGCCCCGAGCCUUUGACAGAGGAGGGCGAUGGCUGGUACGACAUGGAGUACAACAUGGAGUACAACAUGGUACAACACCAGCUGGUCUCCCUCCAAGUGCAGGACCCACCACAUCCAGAGCAAGCCUCGUGGUUCUUGGACUCGGUGCGACGCCCGCGGCGCGGCACCGUCUUCGUGGCCUGGCCCAGGGGCUGCGCAGCGGCCUUGGGCUGGAGAUUUGAUGGGGAAGAGGAGAUCCCAAGGGAAACAGAAGACUGGCACGAGAUGGGCCCAUGGCUCAUUUCCAGUCAUAUCGGCCAGGGCAAGCAGGGCGCCGUGGUGUGCACCGGACGUUGGCCGGGGGCUGGGCUGGGCGGUGUGGUGGCGGUGAAGUAUCCGGUGGAGCCGGAGGAACUGAAGCUCUACGCGCGAGUGCACGAUUUGGCCGGCCUACCAGAUCUGGUGGAUUUCGGCCGCUUGCCCAAGCAUUCGGAGAAGACGGGUUAUUACAUGGCGAUGUCCAAAAGCGAGCCUUGCCUGGACAUUUUGCUGCGUGGACAGCUCCAUAUCCACGAUCCCACUCCGCAGAUCUUGGGCCGAAUUAGCUGGCCAGUGGUGGCUGGCAUGGGCCUGCGGCUCUUGCGCACUCUCGAGGCUAUACACCUACGAGGCUGGAGUAUUCAGGGUGGAUCUCAAGUGCUUCCGAGCGAGCCACAGAGCGAGCCACGGCAAGGGAACGUCCUGCUCCACCGCCGGGCGCCCCACGUGCAACUCAUCGAUCUGGGCCGCGCCGGCGACAAAGGGCGCACAUCGUUCGAGCCGGGCCAGGGCGGCAUGCGAGACUACAUGUCCAUCAAGUCUGGCUUAGAGGGCGGACGGCGCACCAGCGCAGAUGAUGUGGAGUCAUUGGGUUGGUUUCUGCUUCGGCUUCUUCUGGGUCGCUGCCCUUGGAGUGCGAAAGUGAAGCCGCACCCUUCAGAGACUUGGGAAGAAGGAGGCGCUCGUGUGGCCCGUGAGAAGCUUCGUUUUUUGGAGGAGGGCGGCCUGAAGCGCUUUGCGCCGGAGUGUCGCUUCUGUCCUCCCUUCCUCAUGUCCUUCCUCCGCCGCGCACGCUCGGCGGCGGGACACGAGCUGGCCCCAGCGGAGUACGACGCGCUAGCGGAGCUUCUGGUGAAGGGCACCGACGUCCAAGGGCCCUUGGAGCUGGAGAGCAAGUUGGAACAGUGGGUCUCUGGCUAUUAUGCCGCGCGGGAUGCUGGCAUCCUGAAGAAAGGCAUGUGGCCAUAUGCAGGCGGGCUGGGCGGGUUGGUGCGCUUUUCUUCAGAACAGUUUGCCCGGGGCAAAGCAAGUCGGGGGCUGCCUGUGUUUGAUGAGGCGUGGAAGGGAUAUGUAGUGUUGUGUGACGUGAAGCCAGGGGAUGUGAGCGGCGGGGCGUGGGGAGUGGGUUUGGAUGGUACCUGGUACAGCGUCCAGGUGCUGUACACGGCCCUGUUCAGUGCCGGAUACACUUUGGAUAUUGACAACCCCAUCCACACCGCUGCAAGCCUGGAGAACUGCAUUGGAUGCAUCCAAAAUUGGCAGAAUGCGCACUGGGUGGCUUACACCAUGGUUGGGGAAGAGAUUUUCCUCUGUGAUUCCUUGAAGCCGCGGCCUGAGAAGAUAUCCGCAGCCGCGCUGGCAGCGACGCUGCCGCACUGCCCGACGUACGCCAUCCGUGCAUAG